AAGGAGCUUCCGGCGAUAUUGAAGCCGAGCAAGUCCACUGACCACAGCCUGCCGUCCUCACCGUCAUGGCUUUCCUCUGCAGAAGUGCGGCUUCACUCCUGAAGUCCUCGAGAGCAGCUCCGUCUGUCCUGUCUGCUGUCCGCCACUACAGCCCAGGUGGUCAGUAUGAGUAUAUUUUGGUGGAAAAGCGAGGUGAGAAGAGCGAUGUGGGUUUCAUCCAGUUGAACCGGCCCAAGGCUCUCAACGCGCUGUGUGACGGGCUGAUGAGGGAGGUGGGACAGGCCCUGGAUGUCUUCGAAGCUGACGGCGAUGUCGGAGCGAUCGUCAUCACCGGCAGUGAAAAGGCCUUUGCCGCGGGAGCGGACAUUAAAGAGAUGCAGAAUCGAACUUUCCAGGAGUGUUACGGUGGAAACUUCCUGGCUCAUUGGAAUAAAGUGUCCACAGUGAGGAAGCCUGUGAUUGCCGCUGUCAAUGGAUUUGCUCUCGGUGGAGGCUGUGAGCUGGCGAUGAUGUGUGACAUCAUCUACGCUGGAGAGAAGGCGCAGUUUGGCCAACCAGAGAUCCUGUUGGGGACCAUUCCUGGGGCAGGUGGCACCCAGCGGCUGACCCGGGCGGUGGGCAAAUCCCUGGCUAUGGAGAUGGUACUCACAGGAGACCGAAUUAAUGCACAAAAUGCCCAGCAAUCAGGUUUGGUGAGUAAAAUUUAUCCGGUGGACCAGUUGGUGUCUGAAGCCGUUAAAUGUGGCGAGAAAAUUGCCGCCAACUCCAAACUGGUCUCUGCUAUGGCUAAAGAGGCUGUUAAUGCAGCUUUUGAACUGACUUUGGCUGAGGGUAAUCGUUUGGAAAAGCGCUUAUUCCACUCUACCUUUGCUACCGAUGAUCGUAAAGAAGGCAUGAGCGCAUUUGUUGAGAAGAGGAAGGCCAGUUUCCAGGAUAAUUAGAAAAGAGCAGACCAGGAGCUCGACCAAGAACACUCAUCUGCAAUAACUUGAAUGAUGCAAAAAAAACCUGAUUGUAGUGGAACAAACGAGAUGUUAUCAGGAAUUGGCACUGAGUGAUUGCAGUGAAGCUCUACCUGCUGAGGUUUGAUAUCAAAUGCAUUUGCAGUCUGAACACAUGAGUGCUGGAGUGUUUGUAUGUGAAUACUGUGUGAUAACUCUGCCAGUGUGUAAAAGGUGGAAUUAAUACUUGGACUGACUUUUCAUUUUCACUAUCAAAUGUUUGUCUGCAUUUUGUAGGCGACUUAUUUCUCUGUACAUUUUACAAAUACAUCUCUCAAAUGGUUUUCAGUACAGUAACUGAGGCAUGAACAACAAUACAGGGCAAACAUUUCACCCUCGUCCAGUCACAAGAGGUUCCUCGAAUCCAUCUAUCUUGGAUUACUUUAGUGUUCACGGAGCUCACUCUCUGUUUCUAAAGGCGUUUAGCCUCUUGCAUGGUCAAUAUUUAAAACCGCUCUCUUUGAGGUUUGUCCCCGGUAAAAUAUUAUUGAAAAGCAACUUUUUCAAAAACUUAAGCUGCACAGGGUGUUUAACUGGGACCCAUUCUAGCCUCCAUGUACAUGCUGUCACUAGAUUAUCAGGGUCAACAUGUGUUUAGAUAUACUUAUCUGGCAUUUUACCCUUUUUUUAUUGAUAGAUGGGGUAGAAUGGAACCAGGGGAAAUACAUAGUAUGUGUAAAAACCACUUUACUAUCUGGACAUGCAUGUCAUGUUAAAAAAAAGUUAUAGUAUAAAAGUUGUAUAAUAGGAUGUGAAAAAAGGCAAGACGCACUAUAGUACGUUAUCGUAUUGUAUGUCCAAAAAAGUUAAAAAAAGUUAUGAUGGCCUCUUUGUUUUACCUUAUUAUAUUAUACUUUUCAUGGAAUACUAAACGGACAUAUUUAGGGCAUACUAUACAUUUUCAUUACACUAUAUUAUUUAAUGGAAGUGGCAUUAAAGACAUUAGAAUCUUCCUUUCCACACAUUUCUAAUAUUAGGUGAUACAAAUAAUUGCAUAUAAUUCACAUUGUCACUCAGAAAUGUCCUGGUUUCAGAGGCUGAUCUCUUUUUAAACAAACAUUUCAGUAAAUAAUGUCAGCUACACAUCUGAAACUGGGAAAACCUGACUCAAGUUACAAGUGGAUUCAGUUCACCCAGCAUUCAAUCGAUGUGUCGGCCUUCUUCACAUCACUAGAUGGGGCUCUUCUGUUACUCAAAGGCACAGAAGCUGGUCAGAGGAUGAAUUCAGUGGGAGUGUGGUAGACUCGUACCUGCUAGUAGGUUGGUAUCUGUAAUGUAAACACCUGAGCUCCAGGGCAUUGCUCUGCUCUACAACAUUCAAGUGAACAUGAUUGGUGUUGAAUAAAAGCAGGGGUGAAAUCCAAUGACCUUU